AUGGCGGGGCGACAGAGCCGGACAUACAAUCCAGACGAAGAUUGGUUCACGGACCCUCUGAAUCCAGAUAGUGAGACAAAUGCCAAAAGAAAGAGAUGGAAGAAAGGAUCGGUUUUGGAUGUUCUGGCAAAGAUGCGGCUGCCACAAGGGCCACAAUCUGUCAAGGAAUUAUUCAACUACCCUGAGCAACUAGUUCAGGCCGCAUUCUCGAAGCCUGAAUGGCAGGAUCGGUGUGUUGAUUUGCUCCGCUGGGGCGUUGUGGAGCACAGCGACUAUUCAGGGAUCUUUGCAGAAAGGGAAGCCAAGCGCUUGCUUUUCAUGGCUCUGGGCCAAUGCAAGGGAAUCCAUGUGCCGCACAUGGUGAGAAAGACAUGUGACAUAGAUCCAAGUUCACAACGCGUGCUACUUCACAUGUCUGAGGUACUUGAUGCUGGCGAAUCUUGUGUUUUCGCUGAUAUCAGGGCCCAGCUUCACCCUGAAGCACAGGAAUGGUGCUUAGCUGCCAGUCCCAAGCCUGAGGAUUCCAUCAAGGCUAAGGAGGACGCAUACCAAGCAAUGGCAGACUUUCUGCUGGAGAAUGGGCAUUGUGCAGUUGACCAGGAGCAUGCAGAUUUUUGCUUGAAGCACGGCACCAACUGUGUUGUCAACAGACCUCGGACGGAUCUCAACCUGUGCAACCGCCCCCAAGGCAUUUUCAGCGGGUCGCUGAUCGUUGGUAAUGCCGGCAACUGCUGCCAGGGAUGGAGCUCAGAGGGAAAGAGGGCAAGGAAAGCGCACAGCAGUCAGCAUGCUUGGAAUUCUUGGCUGGCUCAACGCCGUGAGUUGGCACUGAGAUCGGAAGAAGACAUGUUCUUCCAGGAAUGCACAGAACUUUGGGAUGUGGAAGGCUGUUUGGUGAAACCCUUGGAAGAUUCCCAUACGGUAGUUCAUACAACCGUUGGGCCUUCCACCUUGGGAUGGCCAACUUCUCGUAACCGUCUCUUGUCAGCUGGCUUAUCUUCCAACAGUCUUGUAUGGCUUGGGCCCACAGGGGCCGAUGCUGUGAAGCAAGACUUCGAGGCUGUGUUUGCAAGGUCCUGCAUGCUCACUGGUAGUGUUUUCUUCCAGGAGGAUGACGCAGAGCGGGCUGAAUGGUAUGAACGCAAGCUGAAGCAGAGAUGUUUCUUUGGUUCAAAAUUGCCAGAGGGUGAGAAGCUGAUGAGGAAGAUUCUUACCCCAGGCCAGCUUCAACGCUUAGAAGCCUAUGGCAAGCUCAGGGCAGAACACCAAGCUUUGGACGGGACAUUCAUUUGCGAUCUUGACCAUUGGCCAAACAGCCCAGGGCCAGAUUUUGGACCAAUGUUUCCAGUGCUUUUGAGGCAUGGAACCAUCCUUGACAUGAACACCGGGAAGUUUGCGAUGAACCUGGACCGUUUUCUCGCUUUGGGGUUUCAAAUGAGCAAGACAUUGAACCACAGGAUGGAGAUGAAGAAGAGGGCUCUGCUUGACGGGAUGUUUAAUUCUGCGGUUCGCGCAGCAGGCCAGGCGGAUCCUCCAUCAGCACAGUCUGAGGAUCCAAGCAACAAGAGCAAGAACAAGAAGGAUCCAUCAGCUGAACGUUUUGUCCCCAGGUAUGGAAAUCUUCUCCGCAUGUAUUACCCCCUGCUUGACAUGUUGGACAAAGCUGCUUUGCCUGAUUUCGCCCCAACCGGGCAGCAUAGCUACAAAGUGAUCGUCCCACAGACCGAAGGGACCGUGUCAGUGAGGGUUGAUCUCAGGGGUGUCAUGCUCACUGAGCACCCCAACCGGCAAAAGACUUUCCGUUUCAAGGGAGUGGAUGACAUUUGUCACUGUUGGGCACAGGCGUGCAACCAUGGCGUUGAUCUGUAUUGGUUGGCGCCUCCGCCACCUCGCCGUGCUGCUGCGAAGGCUUUGCCAGGCCCAGCUGCUGCUGAUGCUGGCGAUCAAGAGGAAGAGGAAGUGGGGGAUGUGGACCCAGCUGUGGCCCCAGCUGGAGGUCCCCGCUUGUACGAUGGUUUGCCCCCUGCGCCUGGUCCGGGAUACCGCAGGGUGGAACCAGGGGAUUCAAGUUCAUCUUCCUCGGAGUCUGACGGCGAUGGUGGUAGUUCUGCUACUACUCGCGUCUGUGAUGAUGAUGAUGAUUUCGAUUUUAUGCAGUGGUUGUGUGAUGGGUCUGAAGAGGAAAAUGAGGAGCCAGUCCCAGAGCAGGACAAAAAGAAGCUUCGUAGGAAAAAAGAGGCGUGGUUUCCCAGCAGGAUUCGGAUUUCAGAUUUCUUCAUGUGUGUUUUGCUGCUUCAGUGCGUUUGCGCCAUCAUGGACACGCCGGCAGAGAAAUCAGAUCCACCUCAGAAUGCUGAGCCUCCUGCUGACGAUGGCAGUGAGGGUGAGCAGGAAGCUGAGGAUUGGGGUGAUGAGUUCAAUCAGAUGGCCCCUAAGGCCAAAGCCAAAGCAGCGUCAAGAGGCAAGGGCAGAGGGAGCCGCUUCUGUGCAACAAACGAUCAUAAAAAAGCCUGGGACAAUAUGGUGUAUCAAAGAAGAAGCCGCAAGAGCCUCACGGAGAAAGAGCGAAGCGCGUUCGAUGAGGCCAUGAAAGAUGAUAUGGCUGCAGGCCGUGCAGUGGAAGCCUUCGCUCGGGACAACCCUCCUGAGAUGAAAAAGAAAGGCUUGGUGGACUUCGCUCAGUUCUUGCGGAUCGUUGGGCAAAGGGUUGGCAAACGUGACACAAGCGGUGAUGUCCCGAUGACAGAACGGGCCUUUUACAAACAUUGUGAGAAUGUUUGGGGCUUGUCUGAGUCGGAAGCUGCUGAGUUGUGGAGGGAUUAUGACAGUGAUCCCCAGGCUGAACGGGACAGCAAAGGGUUUCAUGGAGCUUUGCGCUUGUGGAUCCCGGCGCAUGAAAUCAAAACAAGAGAGAGAGAGCACUACGUGGACAAUAGAGUUACGGAAGGAUCAGAUGUGAUGAAGGACCACCUGCGUCGCCAAGACUUGGGCUUCCGUGAUGACCAUUUCCAGAUCAGUUCUGAUCAACAUGUUGAUGUGGCAAUGCGAACGCCGGUCAAAGGUGCAGCUCUUGCUGAGGGCCCUGGGAAUGUGAAACCUGAGGUUGAAGACAAGUUGGAAACCCCAGAGAAAUCGGUCAACAUGACCAGGGAAAGACCUAUGUUUCACAGAUCUGCAGACGCCGGGCUCCGAAAAAUGAAAGCCGAGUUGUCAAAGGUCAUGCAGGCAGGGGUGGCAGCCAGCCUGGUCCCAGACAACUCGCUGUGUUCUGGAGACUCAGCUGCCGGGUCUGCGGGUGCCGAUGAGUCAAGCUGCGCUUGGACUGAUGGUAUGACAGAUGCACAGAAAACGAAGGUGAAGGAAGCAGUGGAUGCUAGAAAGAAGCUGUCCUUUGAAGACUUUCUCAAGGAAAGCAGGACAACGCAGCAGAAGUUUUGGGAUGGUGAGCAGACGGCCCUUGUACCCUUGGCUGUGCUUGAGAGCCUUGUGGAGAAGAUUCUGGAAACACAUGAAGUGGGAGCCUUUCUUGAGUUGAAGAAGCAAUGGGCAAACGCCCAGGUGUGCAUGCAAACUUUUACAAAGGGCAUCAAGCAAUCUGCGGAUGACUUGGUGAAACAUAUGAAGGUGAAGGUGGCUGAAGCUGCCCGGGAGAAGAAAAGAAAGGCCGAGGAUGACGCAAAGGCUCAGCUGCAGAAGAUCAGAGAAGAGGCCAAAACUGCGGCUGAUGCCAUCAAGAAACGCAAGACUCAGCAUGAGAAAGUGUGUCCAGCCCUCUUUACAGCUACCUGGGAUGAACAGGCUGCUCCGAAAGUCAAUGCAAUUGACGAUCCCGAAUCACUGAAAGAUGGUGAUUGGGCAUCUCCAUGGAUCAUGGUCAAUACCGAGAAGUCUGAGGCUGUGAAGGAAUGCAUUGGUGGAACUGCUUUGUCCCGGUCUUUGACAUCAUGGGGAGGGCAGUACAAAAAGAGUAUGGCACAGGCAAAGUUGCAUCACGUGACCUACCCACUUGAUGCCAAGACUGGUUUGAACGAGGUCAACGCUUUGUUCGACUUAUGGAUCGGAGAUGACCGCAAGGUUGACAUUUCAGAGGUGAAGGGCGGGUCAGCCUUCAUGGAAGCUGCCUGGCUUUUUGGAUGUAGUGCUGAGAUGAAACAUGUGGGGUUCAACACCAACCAUGCAGGUCUUAUCAAAGUACUUGCAGUUGGGGAGGUUCGCCAUCUUCUUCUGGAGUGGCAGUCAUUUGUGAAAGCCUUCCAGGAGUCCCUUGGGGAUGGAUCUGACGGUCUCAGCCCUGAGGACCUGUUUGAAAAAUUCAAAGAAGCGGAUGAGAACAAGAUCAUUGAGUUAUGCAAGCGUGGGGCCAACAUGUCGCAGUGCAUUCUCAAGAAGCAUGACAUCCUUUUUGUUCCGACAGGAUGGGUGACGGUAGAAGUUUCUUCCGAUUGCACUUUGAUCUAUGGCUUCCGCAAGUCUGUCUUCUUGAAAGGAUCUGCUGAGGCGUACAGCACGGCCGUGAAGAUUGUGAAGGGUGGUGGUGGCAAGUCCGAGAGGCGUGAGCGAAAAGAUAGCACUAGCCCACCACCACGCAAGGAGGAGAAGGGUCGUGGUUCCCGGCGCCAGCGAGAGGAGCGUUCAGAGGAUGAGGAGGAGCCCAAGAAGUCUCGCCGAAAGGACCGAGAGGAGGAGGGUGACAGGGACAGGGGCGACCGAGAGGAGCGACGUGGUCGCAAAGAGGAUGAUCGAAGAGGUGGUCGCCGACAAGAUGACUCUCCCCGCCGUGGUCGCCGGGACCGGGACGGGGACCGCGACCGGGACCGCGACGGUGACCGCGACAAGGACCGCGAUGACCGGCGGGACCGGGACCGCCGCGACUGCGACCGCCGCGAUGAUCGGCGCGAUGAUCGCCGCGACGAUCGCCGCGAUGAUCGGCGGGACGACCGGGACCGCGGCGAUCGACGCCGGGACGACCGGCGGCGGGAUGAUGAUCGGCGGCGCGACGAUGACCGAAGGGGGAGGGGAGAUGAUCGACGCCGGGAGGAAGACGACCGUCGGCGUCGCGAUGACGAUCGCCGGAAGAAGCGAGAGAAAUCUCGCGAGAAGUCUCGAGAGAAGUCUCGAGAGAAGUCACGAGAGAAGUCACGAGAGAAGUCUCGAGAGAAGAGCGAUGACGAUGAUGAGCCCAAAAGGCAACGUGCCCCCAGUGAAGAUGAAGGACGCAAGGAAGAGAAAAAGCCUGAAAAGGACGAGAAGGAGAGCGACGAGGAGGAGAAGAACGAGAAGCGCAAAGAUGACAGCGAGGAGAGAAAACCUGAGCGCCAAGAGGAUGGACAAGAAGAGGAGCGGGAGCACUCGGAAAAGCGGGCCAAACUCAGUCCCGAGGAGGAGAAAAGACGGAAGGAAGAUGAAAUGAGGCGAAGGGAAGAAGAGCUCCAGCGCCGCCGCGAGGAAAAGCGCCGGCGCGAAGACGAGGAGAGGAGCAAGAUGGAAGCCGACAGGAGAGCAGAAAGACAGAAAGAGCGUCAGGCGGAACAGGACAAGCGAAAAGAUGAGGAGCGUCACAAACGCGAGGACAAGCAAGAUGACGAUAAGGAGCCAGAUGAGGAAACCAAAACUGAGGCCAUGCUCUCAGUGCUGAAGGUGAUUCAGAAGAUGUCAUCGAAGGCUGCGCCAGAGACCUUCGAAAGCUUGAAAAAGGAACUCGAUGAGGUCCUACACACAGAGCUGCCAAAGACUGGGGACCAACAGCCAGUCCUCAAGGCCGAGGCAGAUCGUGUGGUGGAAUUUGCCAAGCGUUAUGUGGCUGAGGUCUCCGAAAAUCAGUGAGCCAGCGAUUUCACCAUGCGAAGAUGGUGGUGGCCGCUGCUGCGAUUUCACCAAAAAAAACAGGUUGGUGAAAGGUGACUCAGAGAUAGCCUUUGUUCGGAAAAAC